GUCAGUAAGUACCUUGUCUUACUGUUGAAUGAGUUGUCUUAAUUGGUGCAACAUGUUUCACAAACUGGCUUCCAACCCAUUCACACUUCACACAACGCACACACGGCCUUUAAACCUUCUCACAAAACCCCUAUUGCUGCAGCCUGCUUACACCAACCUACCUACGCAAUCACCUUCCAUACCACCCCGCCUCGCCAUUACUCACCUACCGUUUACACAACACCACAACACAAGACAUCGUCACCAUGCCUCGCAAGACGCUUCGUAUACUAUGCUUUGGAGACUCUCUAACCUCGGGAUAUUUCUGCCAUGGCAUGGACUCACAUCCAUACGCUCUAAAGCUGGAAGACCGGCUCACGGGGACAUUUCCCGAAGUGGAUUUUGAGAUCGUGCUGAAUGCUGUGCCGGGUGAUGUUGCUUCUUUCAAUCGCUUCAAAGAUAGAAUGGAUGCUGCUUGGAAGGAUAAGUCAUAUGACUGGACAAUUGUCCUUGGCGGUACGAACGAUAUAGCGUACGGUGUCCCACCUGAAAAUAUCUUUUCUGCCCUUAAGGAUAUAUACGAUGUCCCUCUGAGCCGAGAAUUCAAAGUCCUUGCUCUUACGGUUCCGGAAAGCAAGUCAAAAGGGAAGAGAGGCACGUCAUCAAGAAACGAGCUCAACCAGAGCAUUCUCAAGAACAAAGACACGGGAUACUACGCCUUUGACCUUCAUUCCAAGAUACCCUACCAUUCGCUUUCAGAACAGGAUCGCGAAAGGUACUGGGAUGACGGUCUCCAUCUUCGAGACGAGGGCUACGACUGGAUGGGUAACCACAUCGCCGACGCUCUUAUAGACAUCCUCUGGAGCGAAGGCACAUUUGAAGAGCCCUCUAACUCCAAAACCUUAGAAGUCUUAGUACUGGAAGAUGAACUCCAGUUCGAUGAAGAGGAUGGCAACCCUCGGAAUAUCAAUGAAGGAUACGUGGUGGUCCGCAAGAAAGACUUGGACUAGAGCUUUUGGCUUAUUAUCAUUGCCAGUCUACAACCAAAGGGAUCCAUGUGCUAUGCAUUGGACAUAAACAGCCCUUGAUCAUCCCAACCCCUA